UGAUAUGUUCACGUACAAAAGGUAUUGACCAUAAAACUAAGUCUAAGCCAAUCAGCGAAUUUCCCGUUGGUCGAUAAAAUGUUAAUAUAGAUGACUUCUAAGUUGUGCGCAGGUGAAAUUAAAAAUGCAAUUGAAGAUUUGGACGAAAUUAGCUGCGGCGCUCUGGCACUUAAUAAGCGGUCUGUUUCAGUUCGUCUUUUUURAAUAUUGCAAUCUAUUUUAAGUAUUACCAAGAAGUUUUCCAUUAAGUACGAAAAAAGGAGAMAUUUAUCGUUAGUAAGUUAGAAGGGCAAAAAGAAAAAAAAUAAUAAUAACCACAGACCGGCCUAGUAAUGUAAGUGCAGCGAAACAAGAUUUAUCCGUCAUUUCCAAUGAGAGAAACUAAGAACUUUAGCAUGAAGAUAACAUUUGAUAUUUGGCUGGCUUCGUAUUUUAUCGUUGCUUGGAACAUCCAYGCAGUCUUUUCAAACUUAGAACGAGGAGAGAGGUAUAAUACGGGGACAUUCGCAAGCAUCGAAGGUACAUCAGCGAAACACAUCAUCAAGAAUACUACUGCAAUCGAUUCCUUUACAUGUCUUUCUGACUGUCUGUCACACCCCACCUGUCAAUCAGUCAACUUUCAAAAGAAGGGGAGUCCCAAGCACCUUUGCGAGCUGAGUGAAAGUGUAAUCGUCUCCGGUUCACAAUGCCAGAGACCAAGGCCAGGCUACAUCUUCUUUUAUACGACCAAGAUACCCCAGAUAAACUGCUCUGUGGCUCUGACAUGCAAGAAUGGUGGAACAUGCAUUGACAGCUGCAGUGGCCAUGUUUGUAAAUGUCAACGGUUUAACACAGGAGAUUUCUGUGAGAAGUGGACUACAGGUGUUUUCUCUUGCAAAGAUGUAUUCACCAAGACAAGUUAUCGCGAAAACAUGGCUUAUACCUUCAAUAUUGGCUACCUACAGACAACAAUCUACUGCCACUUGACUAAUGACAUCUGUGGAGGUGGGGGCUGGACGCUGGGCAUGAAGAUCGAUGGCUCCCAGAAUSACUUUAAGUACAAUGCUGGAUUGUGGUCCAAUAAGGAAUCCUACAAUCUGACGGCCGGUCAAACCGGUUUUGAUAACMACCAAACCAAGAUGCCAAGUUACUGGGCGAUGCCUUUCGACAAACUGUGUGUUGGUUUCAAAGUGAGUAAUGUCCUUAAAUGGGUUGUUAUUGCAUAUAAGGCUUCAUCUCUCUAUGACGUCAUUGCUGAUGGACAAUUUCGAGAAACAAGCAUCACAAAAGCUACGUGGAUGUCUUUGAUUGGUGGAGCCUCACUCCAGCCAUACUGUAACAAGAGAGGRUUUAAUGUUCUUGAUCGCACGCGUUUGGGUAUUGCAUCAAACAACGAAAAUAAUUGCGGAACUUGUGAUAGUGCCUUGGGUUUAGGUUUGGGAAGAAACUUCCAUUCGUGUGGGAACUAUUGCGGAAACACUUAUUGCAGCAAUUCAGUGAAGAAAACAGUGGCCUUUUGUUAUGUUAUGAUCCAGUGAAGUAUCGAUGUGAUUUCAAAAUGGCAACAGACUAAUUAUAGGCGUUGCAAAAUAGUUUAAGGCAUCAUAGCAAGCAUUCACUGACUCCUAAUUACUAACACUGAAUUAAAAAGCCUUUGGAUUCAGUCAGAAAUUGUGAGUACAAGGCUGUAUAACAGCAGAACGUCUAGCGGACAUUUUUAAACGUCAUAGAAAUGCAUAAACUCGUGACAUCAAAAGAUUUCUUGAAAAGAUUUCCAUCAGUAAUUUUGAGAACUGUUGUAGCUAUACAAGCACAUUGGUUAUUUAGUUCGCUGCGCUCACUCGUUCGAUAUCGAGUUGAACACUCGAAGAUAAAUUUGAUAUCUCCGCGCGCCCAUGUAUUAUCCUCUAUGUAAUAUCUACUGAAAAUAAGAGUUCCUUAUUUUUUGAAAGUCUGCCAAAUAAGGUUCUUGUUUUAAGGGGUAGUUGUUGGUAAUUUUGGCAAAACAUGUUCUUAAGUAGGUUCCUAAUUGCUAACAGGGGGAUACAGUUGUUAUUGUUGUGCAAAUAUAUAUAUAUAGACGUAUAAUAAAUAAGCUUGAUACAGGCUAAAAUUA